GUCAUCUCAAUCUCUCUUGCCUGCAAGAAGAAUUCCAUUCCUGAAACAUUCAUCAUUAACAUGGCUCAGCUCCAUCGCGUCGAAACCUCGUCGAAAUCAUCGAGAGAUCGUGGCAGCAGCUCGGAGCAGCAGCACCAUCCUCGUCAUAUUGCAACAGGCCAUGAGCAUCAUCCGAACGAAGCAACUGCGAGGAUAUUGGUAACGGAAGCAACACCGCCGGCAGUCAAGCAUCCGCAAAAUGAAGCUAUUGCAAGAAUAACAACGGUUGCAACACCAACCAAGCAUCAUCAAAAUGAAGCUUCGGGGAAGACGGCGACUCCGACUACGCCAACGACGCCUAUGUUUGGGAAGAAUCACGACCAAGAAGAAAUUGAUCAUAUAACUCACAGUCCGAGUAACAAAAAAUCAGUUAUCGCAAAGGUUAAAGAGAAGGCUAAGAAAUGGAAACAUAACCUUGUUAAUAAGAAAAAACACCAUAACAAUUCCUCGCCGUCAGCGUCACCGGGUACCGGUACGCCUACUACUCCUCCACCUCCUGCGUGGGGUGUGGCACUAGACGACGAUGAUUAUAAUGAUGCGGAAGAAGAUGAUGACAAGAAUCAUUACCAUGUUGAACAUAAAGAAGCUUCUGUUGGACCUGCAGAAUACCUUGGUGCACCAAUGUACCAAUCAGAACGUGCGAGUAAUGAUCACGGCAAACAUUCGGAUAAACCUGCAGAAUACCUUGGUGCACCAAUGUACGGAUCAGAACGUGCGAGUAACGAGCAAGGCAAACAUUCAGAUAAACCUGCAGAAUACCUUGGUGCACCAAUGAAUGAAUCAGAACGUGCAAGUAACAAUCAAGGCAAUCAUCCGGACAAGCAUGUGGCAAGUCAUGCAGUUCAUCAACCUUUAGUCUCAGAUAAGCAUAUUUUGGAAACCAAAAAUACUCCUAUUAUUCCUGUGAAGACUGCUGCUCCACCCAUUGUUUCUAUGACAACUACGCCGCCUCCUCCACCACCAGAUAAUCCUGCGAUUACAAUUCAGGUUGAGAAAGAACCUCAAGGUAAGAAAGAAAGCCCCAGCAAAACAAUAACCGAAACUGUAACAGAAAAAUUUGGACCAGCUUACGCUAAGGUUUCUGAAGCAACCCAGUCACUUGCAUCCAAGAUUCAAAAUGCAGCGAUGCCAGAGUCUAGUGCAUCGUCCACGUUACCGAUAACAAGCAGUCGAGAUGAGAUAAGGAGUGGUGAGAAGAGAUGGGAUAAAGGUGUCUCGGUUAGACAAUAUUUUAUAAGUAAGCUAGAACCAGGAGACGAAGAAAAGGCACUUUCUGAGGUGAUAUCUGAUGCAAUGAGCCCGAAAACAAUCACUGGAGAUACAGGUGUUGUUGAGAAAGUUAGAGAGGCUGUUUCUUCUAUGCUCGGCAUUGAACAAGCAUCACCUACAUUGCAUGAACGUAUUCCGGUAUCUACAAAUCCUCAAGAAGUUUUCGUAGAAGAAAAACAUGAAAGGCGACUCCAAGCCAACUAACAAGCUGAGUACCAGUCCCUGGAUCCGGAGGGACAAGCGAAAAGUUUUGCUGAUUAUAAGAUUGGAUUAACCAUAUAUAAUAUGCUGUACGAAUAAAUAACUAAGCUAGUUGCAAGCUUCCUGUAAUUUGCAACAAAGGUUUUGAACAUAUUUUUGUAACGAUAAAAUCGACUUGACAUGUACAUAUAACUGGUAUAGUCAUUGUCAAAUUCUGUAGCGUUUUGAUUGCGCUCGAAAUAAGAUACUACCACAGUAGAUUUGGGUAAAAA